AACAAUACAGAGGAAGAAGAAGACCCUACCGGAAGCACUGAGCUUGCUCCUUGUGUUGUUGACAUAUAUACAGUCUAUGGUUGUUGAUAAAAGUGUCUCUGCAGGUGCUGUUGGAGCAAAACAAAAAUGUUUCGAUGUUAAAAAAGUAUUUUUAAGACUCCAUGAUGUCCAAACUGCAGGCGGUGAGGGCGCUGCUGGCGGAGAGACUAUCGGCGGCCGCGGAGCAGAUCUUCAGCUCUGAGGAGGCAGCAGACAUGCCUUCUGAACAGCAGAGGGCAGCUGUACACAAGCGGCUGUCGAUGGUUGCAGACGAGAUUGUUAGGAUCCUGGAGGACAUGAUGGGAGAAUACGAGGCACGAGUGACCGAAUCCCACCAGGAGAGCCAAAGCCAACCGCCCAACGUCAUGCUUAAAACUGAGACAAAUGUACCCAGCCCAGAGAGAUUUACACUCCUUGGGUCAAACACUGAAAAGGAUGUUUCUUCUGAGCAGAGCAGGGCAUCCAGUCUGCUCCAGAAAACAUUACAUAUAAAGUUUAAAGACGCCUAUACAGACACAGACUGUGAUUUAAUCCACACUGGGCUCUCAGAUAACCAUCAAGCACAGAGAACAGAAAAGGGAACCUCGACUAUGAUGGAAACGGAGACACAAAGUAACCCUAAGGUUCUAUCAUCGAACAAUUCAGAAACUCCAAGUGAAGAUAAUAACAGUGAGAUAAAUGAAAAACAUCUCAAAUCACUUCAGAGCCAUAGUCAGGGCGAGGAUUGUUGCCAACUGUGUGGAAGGUCUUUCCUCAAUGGGGUCAUUGGGAAGAAAAUGAAAAAACAUAAAAGGAACAAUUUCACAUCCAACAAGAGCCCGACUGCAGGACGGAGUUGUUGCAGAGUGUGUGGAAAGUUUUUCCACUACAAACGGUCUUUUCUGAAACACGUAGUUACGCACAAACAGAACUCCGAUCUUUGUGGAGCCUGUGGGAAACAUCUGGACUCCGACGAAAGCCUGGAGGUUCAUUUACAAACGCACAAGGAAGAAAACAUCUGCAGGAAUUCAGAGGAGAAACAGUCAGAGGCAGAGGGCUCUGGGAAUAAAGAGGACAGUGAUGAGGAGUGGAAGGACAGUGAGGGCAGUGAGGAAGGAGACAGUGAGAAGGAGCAGAUCAAAGACCGACCUUAUUUACGAAAGUCAAAAACAAAAGGAGCUAAAGAUAAGGAUUGCAAGGAUGUAUCUAAUCCGAAAUACCUCUGUAAAGUAUGUGGCAAGUCUUUCUCCUACAGAGCCUCGUUUUUGAGGCAUGUGCUAGAAGACGAGGAGGAUACAGAUGUUUGUGGCGUGUGCGGGAAACGUUUCAAAUCCGAGGAAAGCUUGAGGUGUCACCUGCAAACCUACAUCCAGACGAAUGAUUGUGAAGUCUGUGGGAAACACUUUGACGGCCACAAACAACUGGAGAUGCACAUGAGGACCCACACGGGAGAGAAACCGUACAUCUGCACCGUGUGCGGGAAGGCGUUCGCUCAAAACGGAAACCUAAUGGGACACAUGAGAGUCCACACGGGGGAGAAAAGGUACGUGUGCAGCGUGUGCGGGCAGAGCUUCAGCUUUAAAGAGUACAUGAUGGCUCACAUGAGGAUCCACACAGGAGAGAAACCCUUCCUCUGUAGCGUCUGUGGGAAAGGAUUCAGGCAGAGGGGGACUCUGAAAACACACAUGAUGAUCCACACAGGAGAGUCCACUCACCGAUGCAGCGUGUGUGACAAGAAGUUCUAUAAAAGCGGAGCGCUAAAGAUCCACAUGAGGUCGCACACCGGAGAGAAACCGUAUCUGUGCAACGUCUGUGGGAAAAGCUUCACGGCCAGCGGCUCGCUGACCAAACACAUGGGCGUCCACGAGGGGGAGCGAGCGCACAGCUGCAGCGUCUGCGGGAAAGGGUUCACAAGGAAGGAGGAUCUGAAAAAACAUGUUCAGACUCACCCAGAGGAAUCCACACAGCUGACAAGUCUUUAAUGUUUGUUAAAGGAGAAGUUCAACAUUUUGAUAAUAUGCUAAUUCACUUUCUUUUCAAGAGUGAGAUAAGGAUAUCAAUAACAAGAGCUGAACUCUGUAAUUCUCCAUCUUUUUAGUUGCAAGGAGUUGCAUUUUUUCUGUCUUUUGUGAUGGUAAAUAUAUAAUAUUGGUCUGUUCAUCAUAAAAAACUGACUUAGCAAAACCCAACUCUUCAAUAUUACCUACAGUUGUGUUCACAAUAUAUUCAUUACAUGUAUUGCUCUUAUUCUGUUUAUCUUGCUUUACCCUUUUGAUUACAAAACUUAGUUAUUCUCUUCAUGAUUUAUCAACAUUAAGUGAUGCGUCCAUUUUCUAUAAUCUCUCUUUUAUGUUCUAUGCUGCAAUCUUGUUCAGGACUUCUCUGGUAAACGAAGAUUGGUUAGCUUUGGUUAGCAUAAAGCUGCUCGUGAGAAACAAAUCCAACACAUCCAAAGCUUGAGAUAUUAUUUAUAUGACUGAAACGGAGAUGGCAAGUUUUUCCUAAAUGUUGAACUAUUCCUUUAAAUGGUAGGCUACAUAGCAAAAUGGUUUGAUAUUCAAUUUGAAUGUUAUUUGUUUUACAAUCACAUGUGUUUUGAUGAAACUGUGAAGGAACACCAUCAUUUCUAAAAUAAUAUUUUACAAUGAUAAGUGCUGCUUUAUUGGUAU